AUGUCAACUUCAUCAGCCAACUCCAAGGCAAAUGUAGUGCUCCAAACGUCUGAGGAUUGGGAUCGAUGGUUUGGAUCAUAUCAGCGCAUUGCUAAGCAGAAUGAAAUCUGGCAUUACGUUAACCCAGACGGAGCAGUAAUACUAUCACCACCAAAGGAAACUACCUAUAAGGAUGAAGUUGCAAAGAUCAAUGAAGCAACCCUUAUCAAACUCAAAGAGGAAGGCAAGGAGGACCAGUUCGUUCCAAUCGAAUACCUUAGUUCUCGAGCCAAAGAGAGAUACCAACUCGAACGAUCCGAAUACAACAGUGCUAUACGACGGUACUGUACGUACAGGGAGGCGUGUAUGGAACUCGGAAAGUGGAUAGAAGAGACCGUUAAUCCGGAUCUGUUGAAUAACCUCAACGAUAUUGUAGAGGUAUUUGAGAUCGUCAGCAAGGUUCGGGAACGACUAGGCAUUAUACCACACAUACAGGAGAACCAGAUUAGGACCAACAAUACUAUGCGCCUAGGUAUACCCGAAUGUUAUCAGAAAAGGGAGGCGGCAUAUAUUGAUGCCGUUGCCUUCGACACACCUGAUAUCCAAGGCACCUUCGGCAUCACUCAACCGGAUACAGAAUAUACGGUACUCGAUGGCCUGCCGGAAAUCCAGUCAGCAUUCACCAUGAUGCCAAAAGCACAUCCAUUGACACACUCAACCCUCUUCGGUAACUGCGCAACUACUCACGUUGUCAACUCUAAGGACCUCCUUGAGGAACAAGUCCCUAGUGAAGACUCUGAUGAAAUCUUGGUAGGCAAUACAGUCGUUCAAGUAAUGUGCAGGGGGAAGAGGAUAAUGAAAGGAUUGUUGAAUGGCCCGGAUGGCCCAAAAACAAGGGAUCUGAUCCUAAAGGACGUUGCAUUCGUCCCGGGAUUCUACACGAACUUGAUAAGCGGAAAUAAGUUACAAUCCCGUGGUGUGUGGUACUGUGGUAUUGAUGAUACCCUUAGAUUUGGCACUCUGCAGCAGAACCAGGUUGUACUCACCCUCUCACGCCACUACGGCCUCGUCGUAGCCGAAUUCAAGACUCUUGACUCGUGCUUUAAGUUGCCCUAUGCUCCAUUAUAUUGUUCUCGGCCGUAG